AUGGGACAAGCCUUGGUUCAGAUUCGAGAAGUAGCUGAUCACUUACAAACUCUGGCAGUACAAGCUGACACGUUGAGCGUAAAGUAUGAAUUGGAGUCAGACCGGGGACGGGAGUUAGCCUCGUUGCUUCAAAAAAUCAAGGUCUUAAGUUUCACCCCUCCACAUGAGCGAACUCAAGAUGAAUACCCGCGCAAAUCUACUGUCACAAUCAUGCCUCAGCAAUUUCAAGCUGGUGUUUCGAACCUCCAAACUGGGCCGUGUUUUAAUCCCGAAAAUAAUCCUAUUAACUCUGCCAUUCCUGACUUUGAUGAAGUAGUUGAGAAGGAAAGAGUGAAGGAGGAGUUACCGAGACAGUUGGAAGAGAGAUGCAAGUGGCUUGAGGAGAAGUUCAAGGCGAUGGAAGUUACUGAAAGCUAUCGAGGCAUUGACGCAAAAGAGCUGAGUUUAGUGCGGGAUCUUGUUCUCCCUCAUAAGUUUAAGAUGCCUGAAUUCGAGAAGUACAAUGGGACGACUUGCCCAGAGGCUCAUAUCACCAUGUUCUGCAGGCGAAUGGCUGGAUACGUUAGUAAUGACCAGCUAUUAAUACAUUACUUCCAAGACAGCCUUGCAGGGGCAGCAUCCAAGUGGUACAAUCAGUUGAGUCGAGCUACGAUUGGUUCAUGGAGGGACUUGGCGCAAGCAUUCAUGAAACAAUAUAGUCAUGUGACAGACAUGACUCCUGAUAAGAUCACCCUUCAAAACAUGGAGAAGAAGCCGAGCGAAAGCUUUAGGCAGUACGCACAGAGAUGGAGGGAGGUCGCGGUCCAAGUUCAACCACCGCUCUUGGAAAAGGAAAUGACCAUGUUGUUCAUUAACACCCUGAAGGCACCGUUCAUUACACAUAUGUUAGGAAGUGCCACAAAAAGCUUUCCUGACAUAGUCAUGAAUGGCGAGAUGAUUGAGAACACCAUCAGGAGUGGGAAGAUCGAUGCUGGAGAGAGUAACAGAAGAUCAGCUUCGAAAAGGAAGGAAAACGAGGUGAACAACGUGAGCAUGUACAACAAGGGUUACUCGAAGUCAGUAACAGUGAGUCAGCCAGGAAAGACGGCUGCCAAUCAACAAAGCUUGUCGAGACAGAAGGUCGGUACAAGGCGAAAUACGGAGAGGCCCCAAUUCACGCCAAUUCCCAUGUCGUACAGGGAAUUAUACCGAAACUUAUUCGACGCACAUGUAGUUUCCCCUUUCUAUCUGAAGCCCUUACAGCCCCCGUCCCCCAAAUGGUACGACGCAAAUGCACAGUGCGACUAUCAUGCGGGAAUCACGGGGCACUCCAUAGAAAACUGUACGGCCUUCAAGAAGCUGGUUGAAAGGCUCAUUGGUAUGGGUGUCGUUAAAUUUGAUGAAGCCACCAAGGCAGAGAACCCAUUACCAAAUCACACUGAUGGUGGGGUAAAUAUGAUGGACGAAGACAUGAGAAUUAAGGUAGACAUUGCGGACGUGAAGACUCCUUUGAGAUGGGUCUGGAAAGAGAUGGUGAAAAGGGGGCUAAUUCCUUCAGAAGAAAGCUGUGAGAAGAGGAGGAACUACUGUGAGUUCCACUGUGAAAUGGGGCAUGAAAUCCAGGAGUGUACGGAGUUCAGAGCCGUGGUACAGGGUAUGAUAGAUAAUAAAGAGAUGGAAUUUUGGGAAGGAAUUCAGAAAGAGAGUCAUGUAUGUACGUCAGAGUUGGCAUUGGGAGUUCCAAAGGUUAACCAUCCUGUGGUCAUCAUCUCACAACCUAAGAAUAGUGAGGCUGGAGCACGAGUAGCACCAAGGGUUAUCAUUCAAAAACCGACUGCGUUUACUUACAAGGAUAACAGGAGGGUUCCUUGGCAUUACAAUUGUAAUGUGACAAUCCCAGGGAAGGAGGACCAUGAUGAAGGAGGGUAUAACGAACAGGUGAAGGCUCGAGUAGAGCCAAUAAGAGAAGAAACUCUGAUUGGAAAGAAGAAGAAGACGGUCGAACCUGAAUUGGUGGUCAAUGAACCAAUCAAGGAGGAGGAAGCUAGAGAGUUCUUGAAGUUCAUAAAACAUAGCGAGUACAGCGUUGUGGAACAGCUGCACAAACAACCAGCUCGCAUAUCUGUGCUAGCUUUACUCCUGAACUCGGAGGGACAUCAGAAUGCACUACUGAAGGUGCUAAAUGAAACUUAUGUGGCCGAUGAUAUCUCUAUUAACAAGUUGGAUCGACUGGUCGGUAAUAUAAGCGCUGAUAACUUCAUCUCUUUCAGCGAUGACGAAAUACCACCUGGGGGUAUGGGAUCCACUAGAGCUUUACACAUCAUUGCAAGGUGUAAAGGGUGCAUAUUACCGGGGGUUCUGGUAGACAAUGGAUCGGCAUUAAAUGUAUUUCCCCUAUCCACGCUCAACAGGCUACCUGUGGAUAGUUCGCAUAUGAAGUCGUGUCAGAACGUGGUUCGAGCAUUCGAUGGUACUGAGAGGAGGGUCAUGGGAAGAGUUGACAUUCUCUUGUUAAUUGGCCCAACUAUUUAUGAGGUGGACUUCUUAGUUAUGGACAUCAAGCCUUCUUACAGUUGCCUAUUAGGAAGGCCAUGGAUUCAUUCAGCAGGUGCGGUACCGUCAUCGUUACAUCAAAAACUGAAGCUGGUGUCAGAAGGCAGGGUUGUGACGAUAGAUGCUGAAGAAGAUAUCAUUGCAUCUGUGACCAACGAUGCGACUUAUCUAGAAACGAGCGAUGAUCCAAUCGAAUGCUCUUUUCGUUCCUUGGAGUUUGUAAAUGCAACAUUCAUCCGUGAGGGAAACAAGAUCCCGAUGCCGAGAAUAUCCAGGACCACAGAGAUGGGUCUGCAGUUGACUGUUGGAAAGGGAGCAUUACCGAGAAGAGGAUUGGGGAGAUAUCUUCAGGGCCGAGUUGAGGCUCUAGUGUUGAAAGACAAGCAGGAUCGUUUUGGCUUAGAAUACAAGCCAGAUGCUAGGCAGAAGAGGAUAGAGCAGGAAAAUAAGCGAGUGCGGAGAAGGGCUCGCUUGACAGGUGAUGAAGUCAAAUGGGAACCCAUGACCUUUCCUCACCUAUCCAAGACUUUUGUACCGGGAGGAUUCACCUAUCAAAGAAUGCUAGGGGUCAGAAGUAUUAACAUGGAGCUAGAGAGUAUUCAUGUUGUGUAUGAAGAAGUGACGCGAGGAAGAGCUUUGCCAGAUAUUCGUCCUUACGAGUCGGAAAGGGAGCUAAACAACUGGACUGCAGAAGAAAUACCUGUAGUUUUUAGGAUUUCCCCAGAGUCCCAUGAUAUCAAUGAUGCGAAUGUCACUCUUACAAAUUUAGAGUCUCCUUUUGAACGAAACAUGUGUUUAGAGGGAUCGCAUAAUUUUGAAGACAACGAAGACUGUGGUUUGUCUCCUGACUUGUCAAAGAUGGUAGAAAGGGCCGAGAAAUAAAUCCUACCUCACAGGGAAUCAAUAGAAGUCGUGAGCUUAGAGGAGGGUAAAGAGGUGAAGAUCAGAUCGGUUAUCUCUGAAAGGACAAGGCAGGACCUCAUUGAAUUACUCCGAGAGUUCAAAGACGUGUUUGCAUGGUCAUACCAGGAUAUGCCGGGGUUGAGUACCGACAUGGUAGUCCAUCGUCUCCCUAUAAGAGAAGAUUGCAAGCCAGUGCAGCAAAAACUCAGAAGGAUGAGGCCUGAUAUCGUGUUGAAGAUAAAGGAGGAGGUCCAAAAGCAGUUUGAUGCCGGGUUUCUGCAAGAAGUCAGGUAUUCUGAGUGGGUGGCCAACAUUGUACCAGUUCCAAAGAAAGAUGGAAAAGUACGAAUGUGUGUGGAUUAUCGGGAUUUGAACAAGGCUAGUCCAAAGGAUAAUUUCCCAUUGCCUCACAUUGACACAUUGGUAGACAAUACUGCGGGCUUUUCACUGUUUUCCUUCAUGGAUGGUUUUUCUGGGUACAAUCAGAUAAAGAUGCAUCCUGAAGACAUGAGGAAGACUACAUUCAUUACGUUAUGGGGGACGUUCUGUUACAAAGUGAUGCCGUUUGGAUUGAAGAAUGCAGGAGCGACAUACCAAAGAGCCAUGGUAGCCUUGUUCCAUGACAUGAUGCACAGGGAAAUCGAGGUUUAUGUUGAUGAUAUGAUCGCGAAAUCUAGAACAGAGGGCGAACAUGUGUGGGUCUUGAGAAAGUUAUUCUUAAGAUUGAGAAAGUUCUAACUCAAGCUUAAUCCAGCGAAGUGCACUUUUGGGGCCAGGUCAGGAAAGUUGCUAGGCUUUGUAGUCAGUGAAAAGGGAAUCGAGAUUGACCCAGACAAAGUCAAGGCAAUACGAGAUUUACCUUCACCUCGCAUUCAGAAAGAAGUUCGAGGUUUCCUAGGAAGACUGAAUUACAUCGCUAGGUUUAUUUCACAACUGACUGAGAAAUGUGACCCUAUAUUUCGUCUUCUGAAGAAACAUAAUCCUGGUACUUGGGAUGAGGAAUGCGAGGAAGCUUUCAACAAAGUGAAACAGUAUUUGUCUAAUACUCCAGUGCUGUCACCACCUAACCCGGAUAGGCCUCUGAUAUUGUAUCUAACGGUAUUUGACAAUUCCAUGGGGUGUGUGUUAGGUCAACAUGAUGAAACGGGGAGGAAAGAAAGAGCGAUAUAUUAUCUCAGCAAGAAAUUCACUGACUGUGAAAUGAGAUAUUCGCUAUUUGAGAAAUUAUGCUGUGCCUUGAUUUGGACAACCCGAAGAUUAAGGCAGUACAUGUUAUACCAUACGACUUGGCUGAUCUCAAAGUUAGACCCGUUAAAGUAUAUGAUGGAGUCAGCUGCUUUGAAUGGGAGAAUGGCCCGAUGGCAAAUUUUAUUGUCUGAAUUUGAUGUUGUCUAUGUGAACCAAAAGGCUGUGAAAGGGAGUGCAAUUGCUGACUUUCUAGCUAGUAGAGCUCUGGAGGACUACGAGCUGUUGAGUUUUGAUUUCCUAAAUGAGGACCUGAUGUGUGUAGCCGCUACUGAAGAAAGUCCCCAAGAAGGUCACAGUUGGAAGCUAAACUUUGAUGGAGCCUCGAACGCUGUAGGCAAUGGAAUUGGGGCAGUCCUGGUGUCCCCAAAUGGUGAUCAUUAUCCUUUCACUUGUAAAUUGGAUUUUGAUUGUACAAAUAACAUGGCAGAAUAUGAAGCAUGCAUCAUGGGUAUUCGUGCAGCUAUAGAGCGAGGAAUCAAAGUGCUAGAGGUCUAUGGAGAUUCAGCAUUGGUGAUAUAUCAGCUCAGGGGUGAAUGGGAAACGAGAGAUCCCAAAUUAAUCGGCCAUUCAAAGUUGGUCCUCGAAUUGAUUAAGGAGUUUGAGGACAUCACUUUUUGCUAUCUCCCACGAGAUGAGAACCAGAUGGCUGAUGCACUAGCUACCUUAGCUUCCAUGAUCAAACUGAACAGAAAUGGGGAUAUGAAACCAAUCCAAAUGAGUAUCUAUGAAGACCCGGCUCAUUGUUACAAUAUUGAAGAAGGGGAAAUCGAUGAUAGUCCUUGGUAUCAAGAUAUACUACGGACCUCCACCGAGGCAACGCCUUUCUCCUUAGUUUAUGGCAUGGAGGCAGUGUUGCCCAUCGAAGUUGAAGUCCCUUCUCUCCGGGUUUUGUCUGAGCUACAAUUGGAUGAAGCGGAUUGGGUUCAAUCUCGAUACGAUCAGUUGAACUUGAUAGAGGGAAAGAGGCUAAAGGCUAUUCAGCACGGUCAGAUAUACCAGAAAAGAAUGAUGCGAGCCUACAACAAGAAAGUCCGACCCAGAGAAUUUCACGAGGGGGACCUGGCCUUUUCUGGAGGAGCCCUGAUCCUGGCUGAAAUGGACGGGAAAAACUUGCCUAAUCCGGUAAAUUCAGAUUCGGUGAAGAGGUACUUUACUUGA